AUGCUAUUGAAAGGUUUUAUGUUGUCUUUAGUAUUAUAUGCAGUUUACCAUUUAGCAUCGAAUGGUGGGCAAUUCCUGUUUGAUUUUUCAGGUCACUCGAAAUGGGAAAGAGCUCAACUGGAAGUACGUCAAGCCAUGUUGGAUUCAUGGCAUACUUAUGAAAAGUAUGGGUGGGGUUAUGAUGUUUAUCAUCCAAUUAAACAAGAAGGAGAAAAUAUGGGUCCAAAACCAUUGGGAUGGAUGAUUGUAGAUUCUUUGGACACUUUGAUGAUUAUGGAUUGUCCUGAAGAAGUUAGUCGAGCUAGAGAUUGGAUCAAGAAUGAUUUGGAUUACACCUUUGAUUAUAAUGUUAACACAUUCGAAACCACCAUUAGAAUGCUUGGUGGGUUAUUAUCAGCCUAUCAUUUUAGCAAUGACGAUGUCUAUUUAGAUAAAGCAGUACAAUUAGCAAAUGCAUUACAUGGUGCCUAUGAUAGUCCAUCAGGAAUACCAUAUCUGUCGGUCAAUUUGAAAUCAGGCAAAGGUAUAAAGAAUCAUGUUGAUAAUGGUGCAUCAUCUACUGCUGAAGCUGCGACUGUUCAAUUGGAAAUGAAGUAUUUGUCCAAAUUGACAGGAGAAAUUUUGUGGUGGAAUUUGGCAGAAAAAGUAAUGCAAGUUUUGGAAAGUAAUAAACCUCAAGAUGGCUUGGUGCCAAUUUACGUCAACCCUGACACUGGUAAAUAUCAAGGUCAUUUGAUCAGAUUGGGAUCACGUGGAGAUUCUUAUUAUGAAUAUUUGUUGAAGCAAUACUUGCAAACAAAUAAGCAAGAGCUUGUGUAUUGGGAUAUGUAUCGUGAAUCGGUUGAAGGUGUUAAGAAACAUCUUGUUAGUGAUUCUUAUCCUUCGGGAUUGACAUUUGUUGGUGAAUUAGAUAAUGGAAUUGGUGGUAGGCUUUCAACCAAGAUGGAUCAUUUAGUUUGUUUUUACGGUGGAUUGUUAGCUCUUGGUGCUACUGGAGGGUUGACAUUAAAUGAAGCCCAAAGCUUAAAAUCGUGGAAUGAGGAAAGGGAAGCCGACUUUAAACUUGGUGAAGAGUUGACUUAUACUUGUUAUAAAAUGUACCACGAUGUUACACCAACUGGAUUGUCACCAGAAAUUGUUGUUUUUAAUGAAGACACUUCAAAAUCUAAAGAUUUUACUAUUAAACCUAUGGACAGACAUAAUUUGCAACGUCCUGAAACGGUUGAAUCGUUGUUUUAUCUUUAUAGAUUAACUGGUAAUGUCAAAUAUCGUGAAAUGGGAUAUGAGAUUUUCCAAAAUUUCAUCAAAUACACUAAGGUUGUUAAUUCAGAAGGUGAAGUUUCUUUUGCCUCACUUUCCGAUGUCACUUCAUUAGACUCCAAUGGUUUACCUAAAUUUAAAGAUAAUACUGAAUCAUUCUGGUGGGCAGAAACUUUGAAAUAUUUGUAUCUUUUGUUUGAUGAUAACAAUAAGAUUCCAUUAACUGAAUAUGUCUUUAACACUGAAGCACAUCCAUUCCCUAGAUUUGAUACUAAUGAUUAUUUUAAAACUGGUUGGAGAAGAAAGAUUGAUGAGAAUGAAAAGGCACAAAUGAGAGAAUCAAAAGUUAUUGAUAAAAGUCAUCUUCCGGAAGCUCAACCAGUUGAUAAAUCUGCUGAUCAAGAAGCUAAAGAGAUUAUUGAAGAAAUUGCUGGGUAA